AUGUAUAAGUCCGUCUGUGUAAUUGGCGGUGGGGCGUGCGGAUUGGCUACCGUGCGAGGUUUUCUUGAGGAAGGCGGGUUUGAAAAGGUUGUAGGGUUUGAACAAAGACCCUCGUUUGGCGGCAUCUGGAACUACCACGAGCUCGCCGACCAGAACCUCAGUAUCCCCUCCGUGGAUCCGCUGGCCGUGGUUAACCCCAUAAAAACGGAAACCGGCUACGUCUGGCCAAACGCAGUGUACGAUGCACUCGAAACAAACACGCCCUACCCGCUGAUGGAGUUCAGAGACUUCAAAUUCCCAGAAUCGACUCCUCUUUUUCCUCACAGAUCUGUGGUUCUUGAUUACAUCAGCAGGUACGGGGAAGAUCUACGGCAAUACUACCGGUUCAAUACCAGAAUUGUGGAGGUGAGGCGCCGACAUAAAUGGAUAGUGCGGUCGCGAACGGUGUGCGACGCCACUGCAGGCGGAUUUAAGGAGUCCGCCAGCGUGCCCGAUACGGUGGAGGAGUACGACGCUGUGAUGGUGGCCACGGGAGUUUACGAUCUGCCGUUCAUUCCAGAGCUCAAGGGACUCAGGCAGUGGCACAAAAAGUACCCCAACACAAUCCUCCACUCGAAAACGUUCCGCAGUCCUCGCGAAUUGGCUGGUGUCGAGGGAAACAUCCUGGUGAUUGGAAACUCUGCCUCGGGGAAUGACAUUUGCUACCAGUUUGCGAGAUAUACCGGCAGAAAUAUAUACAAAAGCGCGCGCUCAGCGAGCCGAGUUCCGGGCGGAACUAGCGAUUUGGUGAUCGAGAUGCCGGACAUCAGCCAUCUGGACCCGAACACGGCCUCUGUUUUUUUCGCCGAGAGUAAAAGGUUGGAAAAUGUUGGAUGCAUAAUUUUUGCUACCGGAUUUCUGCGGUCGCUGCCAUUUUUUGCCGAAAUAAACAGGUCCGAAAAACCUCUCAUCUCAGACGGAAGCAGAAUCCACGGGCUCUAUCGCCACUGCUGGAGCUACGAGCAUCCCGGACUGGCGUUUAUUGCGAUCUCGCGAUACGUGCUGCCGUUUCACGUUGCAGAGAUUCAGGGGAUCUGGUUGGCUAAAAUCCUGCGAAAUAAAAUAUUUUUGCCAAGCUUUGCGGCAAUAGCCAGCCAAGAACGCCAUUUGCUAAGCCUGCGUGGCAACCUGCCAUGCUUUCACGACUUACUGUAUCCGGACGAUAUCGAAUAUAUGGAUCUGCUUAUGAAGGACAUCAGAAUGGCAUCGGAUAGUGGACGCUUGCCUAAGGAAUGGACAGAGUUGGAGAUUGCACUGAGAAAGAAUACAAAACUUCUCAAGGCCAAAUGUCUGCAGCAUUUCGAGAGAACCGGCAAACGUUUAACGCUCCAUGAGGCAUUGUCAUGGAUAUAA